GUGCAUUUUGGUAUAGCAAUGGAGAUAGAAAUAACAACGUAGUUAUUCCGUGUAAAGUAAAUACUUUUUAAAAGCGCAUAAGACGUAGGUCAAACACCGACGUAAGCACAUUUUAAAUACCAGACACGAUGUCAAACGUACAUGCGAGCCAGCCUCUGUCCGUAAUACUCAAGUCGAAUGAUGCCAAGGAGCCAGAGAACAUGCGUCGAGAAGAUUGGCGAAAAGCCAAGGAACUAGAGGAGGCGCGUAAAGCUGGAACAGCUCCGGCUGAGGUCGAUGAAGAGGGAAAGGAUAUCAAUCCACAUAUUCCACAGUAUAUCACACAAGUUCCAUGGUACUUUGGCACAGCGCAACCGACUCUAAAGCAUCAGAGACCUCAGCCCGAGAAGCAGAGGGAGUUUAGUCGCAUAAGUGAAUGGUACAAAAAGGGAGUGCAGGGCUCGACAGCGACAAAGUUCAGGAAAGGCGCUUGCGAAAACUGUGGCUCAAUGACGCACAAGAGGAAGGACUGUCUGGAGAGGCCACGAAAGGUCGGCGCAAGGUUCACGGGUGAUGAUAUUGCACCGGACGAACACAUACAGCCGAACCUAGGCUUUGAUUAUGACGGCAAGCGAGACAGGUGGAAUGGCUACAAUCCCGAGGAAUUCAAGCGCGUUGUCGACGAAUUUAAUAAGAUUGAAGAGGCGAAGCGACAGCUGAAGUCGCAGAAGCUGGAAGAGGACCUGAUGCGAGGCGAGACGGUGGACGCGAGUAAGGCAAAGGAAUUACUGGAGGAAGACGAUGAUGAGGAGAGGUAUGCAGAUGAUGUGGACAUGCCUGGCACAAAGCUGGACAGCAAGGAGCGUAUCACCGUGCGAAAUCUGCGCAUACGAGAGGACGUGGCCAAGUAUCUUCGAAAUCUCGAUCCAAAUUCGUCCUACUAUGAUCCGAAGACACGAUCUAUGAGAGAGAAUCCAUACCAGCAGCUUGGUGGGGAGGAAGGAACACAGCUGCAGUAUGUAGGUGAUAAUUUUGUAAGAUACACUGGUGACACUUCGAAGAUGGCUCGCACGCAGAUGUUUGCGUGGGAGGCGUAUGAUAAAGGUGUAGACGUUCACCUCCUCGCUGAGCCGACGAAGCUGGAGCUGCUGCAGAAGGAGUAUGUCGUGAAGAAAGACGAGCUGGAGGAGGGGAAGAAGGGAAGCAUCCUGGAGAAGUACGGCGGCGAGGAACACCUCGACGCGACGCCCAAGCAGCUGCUGCUGGCGCAGACGGAAAACUACACCGAGUACUCACGCAGUGGCAAGGUCAUCCGAGGUCAGGAGCGCGGCGUCGCCAAGUCCAAGUAUGAGGAGGACAUAUUCAGUAACAACCACUCGUCAGUGUGGGGAUCAUGGUGGCAUGAUGGCAUGUGGGGCUACCGCUGCUGCCGCGGCAUGCUCAAGAUGUGCUACUGCACGGGGGAACGCGGCAUCGAAGCCACAGCGCAGGCUGGCCACACGGGGACUCUUGCCGUGAGGGACACGGGGGAGGAUGACGAGGAGGGGGAGGCAGACGGGAGGAAUAAGGUGGAGGAGGAAGAGGAGACGUCAGCGGGUCCAGCAAAGUCACUGCUUGAGAUGCAUAAAGAGAAGGUCGAGAAAAAGAAGACAAAGAAGAAAAAAGAACCGAGCAAAAAGGACGACAGUUCGGAUAGCGACAGUGACAGUAGUGAUAGCAGCAGCAGCAGCAGCAGUGACGACAGUAGUAGUAGCAGCGAUAGCAGCAACAGCAGUGACAGCAGCAGCAGUGACAGCGACAGCAGCAGCAGCAGCAGCAGCAGCGAUGACGAAGAUGGUGACAAGGAGGGAGAAAUUGAUCAAAAGAAACUAAAAAAGGCUCUGAAGCAAGAGGAGUUGAACAACCAGAAGGCGUUGCGUAUGCUCGCGCAGGACGAGAGAAAGCGGCCGUACAACUCGAUGAAGGGCGUGAAGGCACCGACAGAGGAGGAGAUAGAGGCCUUCCGCAUGAAGCGCCCGCGCAGCGACGACCCGAUGUCACGCUUCCUCUCCUAGCUGCCGUUUACUUGUUUUGCUGUCGCUCACUUGUUUGUUGCGAUGGCGCCCUGAGUUGCAAUGUACCGGUGGUGUGCAUACUUUCCUAGCUGCCGUUCACUUGUUUUGCUGCCACUCACUUGUUUUGCUGCCGCUCACUUGUUUGUUGCGACGACGCACUGAGUUGCAAUGUACCGGUGGUGUGCUUACUUUCCUAGCGGCCGUUCACUUAUUUUGCUGCCGCUCACUUGUUUUGCUGCCGCUCACUUGUUUGUUGCGACGACGCACUGAGUUGCAAUGUACCGGUGGUGUGCUUACUUUCCUAGCUGCCGUUCACUUCUUUGUCAGUCGUGCGUUUUCGCUUAGAUUCAUCGCAGAAUGCAUGGAUUGCAUCAGGGGUUAAUAAUGACAUUGUCAUUAUUGUCAUUAAUGACAUAAUCAGUAUCAUGCCGUUAAUGACAUUUGUUAUUAUUAACCCCUGAUUGUAUAUAUAUAUAUAUAUGUGUGUGUGCGUGCGUGCGUGCGUGCGUGCGUGCGUGCGUGCGUGCGUGCGUGUGUGUCCAUGAGAAUAUGGUGGGAGAAAAUGCAAAGGCCUGCAUAACACUAGUUCUCCUGUUUUCUUUUAGGUUCGUUUUCGUUUAUUGAAAAUGUGUUCACUGUUGGAGACAGUUUGUAGUGAGAAAAAUAAGGGUUAGAAAAAUUAACUAUUAAAACAGGUGGAAACCUUAUUAACAGCAAAAGCAUUAUUCUUGCGCAUUUAAUUUAAUUGUUUUUAUAUAUACUGGCAUUUUUUGGAGCAUUGGCUUAUUUGCUUAUUUGGCGCUAAUUGGAUGUGUCGUAAUAAUAUAUACGCCUAAUGCCGUAUAAUUGGACAGUAUUUCAAACUGCAUGAAUUUUGUCUCUACAUUUCUGAUACAGUUGGCUAGCAAUUAGGCAAGGGAGUUGGGUAAAGUUUGGCUUUGGGCGAGUUUGGGUUUGUCUUAUUGAAGUAUAUGUAUAUUUAGUUAGACCUUUGAGUGUAAGAGCGUUGUAACAGAGGCUAUAUAGUGACUGUUGUGGUAUGUGUAACGUACGUGCGUGUGUACAUGGUAAAUUACCACACUACCCGACAGUAAAUUGAGAGAAAGUCCAUGUAUGCCCAUUAUGUUAAUUCCGUCUACCUUUAUCCGCCAUCACUUAAACACGCGCUUUUUAUAUUUCACUGGCACGGUUAAUUUUGGUGAAAAAGUUCUCAUUCGUGUAGUAAAUUCGAUCCUCGAUUUCGCGAAGUGUAUAUAGUGUAGUGCCACUCUUUAGCUAUGUGUUAUCUACUGUAUUCUGCCAUUCAAUUAUACCAGCAUUUUUCUAGUACAUCUUACUAGUGCUAUGAUAUAAUUAUGAUAACAAAUUGAUGUAUUGUAUGGAAUAAGACCAUGCGUGUGUGUACCUGUGCGUGCGUGCGGGCGUGCGUCUGUAUGUGUGUGUGUGCCUGUGCGCGCGUGUACGUGUGUAUAAAUAUUUGAAUCGUUCGAAUGUAUAAUAGUGGCAAAUUUAUUACGUUAAUAACUAUUAAGUCGGCAUGCUUUUUGUGGUCGAAUGUAUCAAACUCCAUUUAUUUUAGACAGCUAGCAGUUAUAACGAGAGCGCAUCGAAAAAAAUAAAUGAGAUUUGACACAGUUUG